AUGAGGAAUUUUAGAGAUUCAGAUAGUAAGGUUUCUGAUCCACUUAUUGCUUCACUGGUUGCCCUCCCUUAUUUGUCUGAUGAGGAGGAUAAGGAGGUAGCUGCUGAGGGUGAAAUUUCCGUUUUGGACAUAACAAAGCCCAUCGACCGUUUUUACCAAGUGGGAUCUCCAAUUAUGUCCGGAGGUUUCGGUACUGUUUUCUCUGGUGAAAGAAAAUCUGACAAUUUUCCUGUGGCAGUUAAAUAUGUGCCAAAGGAUCGGGUUGAAAGAAUGAAGUUUGUGAAUGGAGCCCUUAUUCCCAUGGAAAUCUACCUAAUGCAAAAGGUGUCCACUGGCUUCCAAGGAGUGAUUAAUCUGCUUGACUGGUACGAGCAAGAUGAUAGCUUUGCCAUGGUUAUGGAGCGCCCUGAGCAAGUGCAAGACCUGUUUGAUUACAUAACAGAACACAGAGCCCUAAGAGAGGACGUUGCAGCUAAAUUCUUCAGCCAGGUGGUCAAUGCUGUGAUCCAUUGUCAUAAUUGUGGUGUGCUUCAUAAUGAUAUUAAAGAUGAAAAUAUCCUGGUGGAUCUGGCGACAAACCAAACAAAGCUUAUCGACUUUGGUUCUGCAACAUUACUCCAUGACCAGGCUUACACAGAACUAGAAGGCACCUAUGAGUAUUUACCCCCAGAGUGGUUCUGCUUUCAUCGGUUCCACGGUCGCUCGGCGGCAGUCUGGACCCUUGGCAUUCUGUUAUACGAUAUGUUGUGCGGCAAUGUUCCGUUUGCAAACCAAGAAGAAAUUGUAAAAGGCAAAAUCAAAUAUCCCAUUGGUAUAUCUAAAGGGUGUCAAGACAUGAUCAGAUGGUGCCUCUCCAAGAAACCUGCAGACCGGCCAACCUUAGAACAGAUUCUGUCUCACCCAUGGGUGUCACAAAACCAACUGGACACUAUUAAAGAGGAAAACGAGCCUGAACAAGUCAUCACUAACCAAAGAAACGAAAACCUGUAAUGAAGCAAACAGCAGGACCUGUGAUCACGCAAACAGCUGCUAUUUUGUUUUGUUUUUUGAUAUAAUUUAGGUUUAUGUAUUUGUUUUGUAUUAGAAAUCUGCUCUGCGGACGAGUGAUCAGGGGCUAGCAAAAGCCAAAAUUUCUGUUAACUGUUAUGUCAAUAAAGUGAUUGUUCCUG